CCAAUUGAUAUCCAUGACAACGAUAAAAGUAACUAAUAAAGACUUAAAACAGUCAAAGUGAAUUAUGAAACUCCUUUUCUUUUAUAAAAAAAAAAAGUAUCACCCCCUUUUGUAAAGAUGUCAAGUUCGUACCCCGAAUACCAGCUAUUUUACCUAAUUUGUAGAGUUCUUUUUUUUUCUUCGUUUUGUUUUCUUUCUUUUUCUCUUUUUCUGUAUUUGAAUGUCUCCUGACGAACACACUUCCUUUCUAAAGUCUCAACACAGAGGAUCUGUUGUUUCCAUUGUUCAGGAUGCAUUACCGCCACCUGUCCACUUCGAAUCGCUUCGAAUUUCUGACGCACAGUUAAAGAACUGUAAGAGCAAGAAAAUCCGAAAUUUUUAUGAACAUCAGAAUAACAUGAUCUCAAGAUUUGUACAAGUGGAUCGUGUAGUGGAAGCUUUACAAAAAGGAGAGUAUGAUUCACCCACCAAUCAAUAUGGAGCUAUCCCUGACGAUGAGGAACGUGGCCUUGCGGGAGAAGGACAAGGCCUGUUAUCCAGGUCCAGUACUCCCGAUAUAGACAGCACAAAAUCUCCCAUGUGGAUUAUCCAUAUGGCUAUCAACCUGUCCUUCUUGGCUAACAUUGCUUUAUUUACCACCAAGAUCAUCUUGGCGUGGUAUUCAGGCUCUAUGGCCUUAUUAGCUUCUGCCUUUGAAAGUUUCCUCGAUAUCGUGAGCAAUGCUAUUAUUUUCUUUACUGUACGCAUCAUUCGCCAAAAGAAUUACUAUACCUAUCCUGUGGGAAAAUCACGCAUGGAACCCUUGGGUAUCAUUGUCUUUGCCGUCAUUAUUACCACUUCCUUUUCACAGGUCUUGAUUUCCUCGAUAGAGAAGUUGACUUCAGGUAGUGCACCAGAACAAAUUGAUCUGAGCACACAGGCUGUCACAAUUCUUGCUGUGAAUGUUGUGGUCAAGGCUAUUUUGUGGUUCUGGUGUGCGUCCAUUCAGGGUAGUUCUAGUGUGGAAGCGUUAGCCUAUGAUCAUGAAAAUGACGUCGUCUUUACGAUCGCUAGUACAUUGUUUCCUCUCGCGGGUAAUUGGAUGGGUUGGAAUUGGUUAGAUCCUGUGGGCGCCAUCUUGUUGUCCAUCUACAUCAUUUAUGAGUGGAUGCAUGUCUUGCUUGAAAAUAUUCGUAGAUUAACAGGUCAAGCUGCUAGCACCGAUGAUCUGAAACAAUUGACUUAUAUGGCUUACCGUUUCUCCAAGAAGAUUACUGCCAUUGAUACUGUACGUGCUUACUAUGUGGGCGAUAGAUUGAUGGUUGAAAUUGACAUUGUGUUACCUCCUGACGCUCCCCUGAGAGACUGUCACGACCUUGGUGAAGCACUUCAGAGUCAUUAGAGAAUGUAGAGAGGGCCUUUGUUCAUUUAGAUUAUAGCUCGGAUCAUGCUAUUGAACAUAGAAGAGUGGUCGAUGACGUUGGAUUCAAUCCAUAACUAUUAUAUACAUAUAUACACAUUACAAAUUAAAUAUAUUUCUUACAUUACGUCUUUUUUUUAUUAUUAUUUCAAACCCAAAAUAAAUCGCACUCCAUGUGAUGUCCC